GCUUGAAGUUCAAGUGAGCUUAGGGAGCUUCUGGAUAAGCCAAGAGGUAUAUAGCCAUAUGAGCUCCCCAGCAUCCUAUUGUAUCAUUCACAACACCACUCUCUCAUCUUUCCUUUCAACAUAAACUAAUUACAACCUCUCAACUACCAACUCAAACCUUCAUCAUGCUUCUCAACAAGGCUUUCCUCGGCGCUCUUCUCGCCAUGGGCACAGUCACCGCCCUCCCCAACCCCGACGCUGAGCCCGCUGAUCUCGAGGAUCGCAGCAUCCUUCACCACUGCGGCAAGCACGCUUCUUGGGAUCACGCCAAGAGCGAGUGCGUGUGCCACGACUCCGGCAAGGUCUACACCAAGAAGCACCACAAGUGCAAGUGCCCCAAGGGCGAGAAGUGGCACCACAUUGAGAAGAAGUGCAAGAAAUAAACGCCUGCACUAGACAUCCCUUUGAACGAUCACAACAAGACCGCCUCGCUCGACAUUCACCACAAAGCCUUCAUAUAUACUCGGCCGAACUAUAUCGUAUGGGCUGACAACUGGAUCAUUGGCUUUAAGGAUUGGCGAUGCGGCAUGGUUGGCAGAAGGAUCUUGGAAAGGGCAUUAUCUUAUGUAACUUUAGUGUUUAUGUAUCGUGUCAAGAAACAUAUACCUUAAAUCAAGGCUGAUUGAGCUUCUGCGUCUUAUUGCUUUAUUUGCUUUGUCUUCAGGCUGAAUAGCAAUUAUUUCUCAUCCUCAUGAUGCCGAAGAGCCGUGCUACUGCAUACUAUGACCGAAUAUCAGCAUCAAAAGCG